AUGACUCCUCAAAUCUCCACCCGCAUCCUUGUGAUCUCGGAUACUCAUGGCGCCAAUCUUACCAACAACCACUUCGAGUCUGUGGAUCUAGUCAUACACUGUGGAGACCUCACCCAAGAAUCCAAACUCGAUGGGUUUAAACAGACGAUAGCGUUGCUAAACUCGCUUGAUGCACUGCUAAAGCUUGUCAUCGCUAGUAACCAUGACUUCACCCUUGACACAUCCGUGUUUGAGCAAAAGUUGAUUGAAGCGGGACUUAAACCACCUCACGAGGAUAAGGAUGUCAAGCAAGCUUACGGCGGGUUUAGCGAUGCUAGAGCGCUGUUGGAGAAGCAGCGUAACAAAGGGAUUAUAUAUCUAGACGAAGGAAACCAUGAGAUCACACUUGCUAACGGAGCUUUGCUGAACGUCUACGCUAGCCCAUAUACGCCAUCCAAAGCUGGUGGUUGGGGGUUUAGUUACCAUCCUGACGAGGGCCAUAACUGGAAUAUAGGCAAGAAUGUCGAUAUUGCAAUUACCCAUGGUCCUUGUAGAGGAAUCCUGGAUUACACACAUAACAAGCAACGAGCUGGAUAUCCUGAGCUAUUCGCUGCUAUGGCUAGAGUUCGUCCACUUAUGCAUUGCUUUGGGCAUAUCCAUGAAGCAUGGGGUGCGAAGNACACAUGGCGAGGCACCGAAUCUAGCGAUCACCCAUCGCACUUUAGAGAUAUCGAUACUGGGCAUUCGGAACUCAUCGAGAGGCUUGUCACUUUACGGCCUGGUAAGUUCGACUCUUCGACAGAGAAGCUUGUCAAGGAACAAAAGUUAUUGGGUCUUGUGAAGAAAGGCUACUGUUAUACUGCGAUGAGGGCGGAGAGGGGUAUGCAGACGCUGUUCGUAAAUGCUGCUAUUGAGGGAACAGAGACUGAACAACAGCAACUGCCUUGGUUGGUACAACUAGACCUUCCCAGGAAUACAUGA